AUGGCGUCCCAGCAGCUGCGGGCCCAGACCCUGCCCCUCUCCCCCGGGGCCCAGGAGCGGAGCUGGCAGCAGCAGUUCGAAGGGGCCUGGGAGCUGGGCCGCAGGGGGGUCCCCUUGCCCAGGGACCCCGACUGGAAAGUCCUGUGCGAGCGCAAGCCCUUCGAGAGGAACCUGCUGCAGAGCCCGAACCCCGAAGGUGUGAACAUUUCGGAGCCAGCUCCUCGCCAGCCACCCAACAGCCCCCGGGGGCCGCUGGAGUCCUUGGGUAAUUUCAGCGGCUGGGCCAUUAGCACCGAGGCGCUCCCUCCCCAGACGGGCGACGAGAAGCCCGGCUCUGCGGCUCCGCGCUUGAGCUGGUGCAUCAAACAGCAGCGGGUCGACCUGUUGGCAGAGGGGCUGUGGGAAGAGCUCCUGGACUCCUACCAGCCGAACAUCACCAUCAUGGACUGGUACGAAGACAGCCGUCUGGCCGAGACCGUGUACCAGCUGCACGUCCGGCUGCUGGCCGCCGACGGGCAGACGCCCCUGCGGGAAUUCCACCACCAGGGCCCCGAGCACGGGGCAUCCCGGGAGAAGAAGAACUGGUGCCAUGUUUCCCACGUUUUCCACGGCUACGGCCCGGGAGCGCGCUACGUCCAUUUCCAGCACUGGACCUUGGACGCCGAGACGCCGGGCGGGCUCUGCCGCACCAGAGCGACAGACAGCAGCGUCUCCGUGCAGCUGCGGGACUGA